ACAUUCUAGAGAGAGGAGAUACAUUAGGGUUCGCGCCGCCACCGUCGAUCGCUGCUUCCCUUCUCGCACGUCGCUGCUCUUUGCUUCCCGCAUUUCCCCGGCGACGCCCCUUCGAGGUCAGUUCCCCUAUCCUACCACUUCAUGUCUAUCGAUUCGUCCUCUGUUCGCACGUCCGAGGUCGAGCGCGAGCUUGGGUCCGCCAGUCGUGGUUCCGUGGCCCAGGGUGGUCAAGCGGCGCAGCCGGGUUCCCCAUCCAUUGAGGAAAUCACGGCCGUAGAGGUGCCCGGGGAAACCGAGCCCCGCCCUCAGAGACACACAUUGCUCAUGGAUUCGCUCAUCCGCGAGUGCAAGUGCGACUUGUCGAGUGACGAGUUCCUCAAGGCGGUGCGCUACGCCGGCCCCCUCGUGACCGUUCGUCACCCCACCCCGGAGGAGUCGGUCUUCGACGCUCCUCCGGGCUACUUCGCCAUCCAUCUCAAGUCCCUUGAGAACGGCUUCCGCUUCCCCUUGGAGUCCUUUUUCAAACACUUUGACUUCUUCCCGUGUCAAUUGGUGCCGAAAUCGCACCGGUACUUGGCGGGGUUCUUGAUCCGCUGUCGGGAGAUGGACGUGCGGGCCGACCUCGAGCGCCUACUGACCCUGUUCCGAGUGGCGAAGUCUUCCGGGUCGGAUGGGGGUUCUUUUGCCGCCCUCUGCCAACGGCAAGAGAUGCUUUUUAAAACAAAGAAGGAAUCCAACAGGACUUGGAAGUCCAAGUUUGUCUUCGUCUCCGUGGGGUCAGCCUCCCCUUUCCGAGACACUCCCCUCAGCUCUUUUCGUAGACGAUCCAAACCCUUUGCCUCUUCCAAGGCUAUUGCUGAUACGAACAAGUUGUGUUCGGGUGGCCCUUACGAGCCCGGGGUCUUAGUGAACGACGAAGCUCUCGCCAAGUUCGGGUUCGUCUUCCAUGAUGAAGACGAGCCCAAGCGCCGGGUCGUCCAGAGUCAGCUUGAGGAGGGACCAUCAGGUGAAAUCAUGAUUUCCGCAGCCGAUCGGAAGAAGCUGUUCAAGUCUAAGGUGCGCGCGGGGUCCAGCCAAGAACGGCCUCCGCUUCCAACUCCCAUACCGUCCGCCGAGCAUACCCAGGCGGGUAAGAAGCGCAAGGAUGUGAGCUCCUCGAUGGAAGGGGCUUCACUGAGCAGGGCGAGGUCUCCACCCUCGCGCUCGGUGGACUGCGGAAACCCGGCCUUCGUGAAGGUGGCGUUCCCCCUCAAGCCUUCGUUCUUGCAUGGGGACUAUGAGCCUCGCCGUUUUCUGCAGAGCUUCAUCCCUCCGCCAGACCGAAUGGAGAUAAGUUCGGCCGCCUCGGAAGACCUCGCCUCUACUCUCUUGCUCGAGUUGGGCUCGGUGGUCAUGCGCGCCCCAGAGCUGGUGGAGCGCUUCGAGUGGUAUGUGGCGGAGAAGGCAAAAGGCGAAGGGGAACUUCGGAGGUUGCAGGAGCACGUGGCUGGCCUCGAAGGGGAGCUUACUGAUGCCGAGGAGGGGGCUCGGGUUUCAGAGCGGGCUCGCACUACUGCUAAGGAGAAGGCACGCCGCCUGGACGAGGAAGCCGAGCACGUGGUCGAGGCCUUUCAGACUUGAAUAAGUUUUGGAAUCGGAACGGCCGUUUGAUGGAGUGUUUGGGCUCGCUAAUGCAGAGCCGUGCUCACGCUUGCGCUCGCCCAUGCGGGGCCGUGUUCACGCUUGUGCUCGCCUAAUCAUAGACGUGCUAGCCUCGCCUCGUCGCCUAACCGAGGACGAGCGCAGGUUCGCCUUACCCGCGUAGUGCUCUGCCCAAACACCUUGGUCUUGGUGCCUUUGCCCACCGGUUCAUUCUAAGGCAUUCGCGCCAUGUACUAGCCCCUUUUUCCGGGAUGAAUAAGAUAUGACUUUGAUU